AUGGCAGAUCAUGUCUCUCCUCGCGUCAAUUCUGCUCGCCUUGCAGAUCACAUUAAACAAACUGUCAGGUUGACAUGCAAGACCCUCAGGUUCAAAGGUGACACCGCGAUUGUGCAAGCGAGCGACGGCGGAGAGGUUGAGAUCAAGCUGCUCAGGGAAGCGAACAUGACGAAACAGUACGUCGAGGUCAUUGGCCAGGUCGUCGACGCGUCGACGAUCAGGAUGAUGUCGUGCAUCAACCUCGGCGAUGAACUUGAUAUGAACCUCGUCAACGACGUCGUCGAGCUUGCAUCAGUACUGCACUUUAUUUAUCGUUACACAUCGGCCUUCACAUACAGCUACAGCAAGUCCGCUCUAGAAUAUGCACGAUCAAACGAACGAACCGUCGUACAGCUACAAAAAAUUACACCAAGAAGUAGCUAA